GGAAAAUCUACCAGUCCAGCACCACCAAAGUCCUGAGUGUUGAUCCACUGUUUCUCUUGUUCUUUUAAAAUCCUGGGAAUCUUUAGGCAAAGAUGGAUAACCAAGUUAGAACAAGUAGCAACAUGCUUUGUGGGUUAAAAACAGACCUGGAUUUACUGCUGGAGUGUUUGAAGUAUCAGAUGGACAAUCCUGAGACUCAGAAACAAGCCCUGGUCACUAUCUAUUCCAUAUGUCAGCAGAAUUGUGAAGCAAGUGAUUACUUUCGUGAGAUUGGAGGCUUGGACUUUACUCUUGGACUUAUUAAACUGACUGGUGCUUCUAUCCUUCGUGGGGCUGCUCUGUUCACUUUGGGAGCUCUAGCUGAAAGCAGUGUCUACUGCCAGCAGAGUUUGUGCUCUGUAGAACUGCUGUCUGAUAUCGCCUUGUCACUUGCUCAGAAGGAUGCUUCACUGAUUCUGAAGAGGACGGAUGUCUAUAUGAUCCUGGUGUUGGUCUCGCACAACAGUAUGGAUGUCAUAACUAGUUUCCCUAUGUCGGACAAGCAAUCCAUACAUGAAAAUAUUGGUCAUUACUACGAGUUGUGGUCAUCCAUUGGAAGUACUCUCUGUGCUUGUGUCAACAAUCCACAGAAUGAAGAGAACCAGAGACUGUGUACGACAGCCUUUCCAUUUGCAAAUGAAUGCCUGCAAAAAUGCAUCAGGCAAGAAAUAAUCCGGCCCAUUUGUGCAUUUAUUGGACUCCAGUUGCCAACAAUUAACUACUUUUGUAAAGUUGGUGGCCUGGAUACUCUUGCUCAGACUGUUGUGAGCUUGGCAGAUGAAUCUCUAACACAUCACUCUAACAGGGAGUUGGUAGUAUCUGUGAUAAAAACACUGGAUUCCUGCAUUUCAGAAAAUUCUUCUUUGGCUUCACGCUUGUCAGAAUACUCAGUUGUACCCAAACUUGUUGCGCUAUUAUCACAGAAUGAUCUUGACAUGAGUAGCAAACUGGCCGUUAUUCUUGCUAUUGGGCACUGCACUGACAGAUGUGAGGUGCAUCAGUAUCAGUUACUGAAGAGCAAUGGGCUUCCACUAAUGAUCCAAAUAGUAGCUGAAUCCCAGGAUGAGGAGCAGAGGAAAGCAGCCACUUUUGUUCUACAGAAUUGUCAGCUCAUAACUGAGAAACUAUCGAACAGUCUGGUGGAGAAUUGUCAGUUAAAAGAAGACACAGUUACUUCAAAUCCAAAGGAUAUCAGCCUGAGAAAUUACUGGAAAUUUGCAGAAGAAUUUCUGCAUAGGAUAGAGACAUUAGAAAAGCAGCAAGAGCUGACCAGCAACGCUAGAGACGUGGAUGUACACCAAGCAACUACAGCACCAAGUUCAUUUGCACACCUGGGCUUUGGGUUACGUGAUUCAUUGCUCACAGGAAUGAAACAGAUGGUGAAAGAAGAGAAAGGUGUAUCAGCGAAACAUUUCAGAGAACAGCAACCCUUGGAUAAACCAUGCAUGGAUAGUACAAAAGUAAAUGAAUGGAAAAGAUGUGGAAAAAAUCAGGAUUUUACCCCAGCAAAAAGAAAAUUAGAUUUCUGCCAAGGAGUCACUGGAUACAGAGAGGAAGGUUCUAUUAUUCCUACAUUCAAUUCAUCCAGUUCUGGAGUUGAAGAAAAUAAAAAUCAAUACCAGGAUCAGCAGUUAAUGGAAAAAGUCAGGCGACAAAUAUUUGUGGAAGAUGAUGUUCCACAGAAAGAAAUUAGAGAAAAUAAGAAUUCAUCUCAGUUUGAUAACAUUAAAGUUGAUCAAAUAAAUUUUGAUGUCAAAACAAGGAAUGAAAAUAGUCAGAAGCACGAUAUGAGCAAUGAGGCAGCUUGUGACAAAGGGCAUCAAGACAUCUCUGAUACUCAGGACGGAGAUGGGUUUCGAGAAACUGAUCAGCAACUUGGCAAAAGGUCUUGGAUUACAACAUGUAGAAGGGCUACUAAUCAACUAAUAACGGUGCCAGAGCCGAAAGUACUAAGAACAGGUACAUCAAAAGAAAAGCAAGAAUCCAAGGACAAGCAAGAUUGUGAACAGAGACAUAUCACUGCUUGCGAUGACCAGGACCUAUUCAAAAGGUCUGCUCCAACUAGGCAAAAGAGAAGCAAACAGAAAUAUAUUGAUCCAUUGAUUCUGUGUUCAGACCUAAUUGGUAAUGAAAUCAGUGGUAAUCUUACUUAUUCUGUACCUUCACUUAAUGUUGGUCAAGAUUUCCGAUGUUCAGGUUGUUCAACUGUAGCAGCAUCUUUGAAUAGUAGGAAUUUCAGUAAGAUUCUUCAGUCUUGCCCUAACAAAUGUGAUCGGCAUAAAGUGAUACAAGAAUGUGAGGACAGAUACAAAAGGAGCUUAAGAAGUACACAGAUCAUCGAAAUACCUGCCAGAGGAGACAGAAGAGACUUGUGUACUCCACGGGUCUGCAAUAAAACCACAUUUCAGAAUCACGUGUACUCCUUCGAUGAUGGCAAGCAUUCAGACAUAUGUGAGUACACAGUGGGAAUAAGGCAAACGAGGAAAAGAAGGCAGCGUAAGGAUUUCACAGAGGAGGAAGUGGGCUACCUGCUAGAUGGAGUGUUGAAAAUGGGCUAUCACUGGAAUUCUAUUCUUUGGUCAUAUCCAUUCCAGAGAGGGCGAACCAAUGUGGAUCUAGCACACAAAUAUCGGAACUUACAGAAAAGAAAUUUGAACAAUUAAAGAUCCAGAAGCCAAGAUUGCUCAAUGGAAUUGUGCUGACCUCAAUCGUCAUUUUAAGUUGGAGCAGAAACUUGAUUCAGAAGAGUAUUCUCAAUUGGUGUGUUACCAUAUAUAUCUGCAAGGAAGCAAGUUCCACUAAGACUUAGCUGCUGUAAUUAUCCUGAACAGCUGGGUAAACCUCACUAUUAUAUUGCAUUACAUAUGUAUACUCUAACAUUGAGUACAGAUUGCAUUAGAGGUGUUAUGGUUAACCCCAGAGUUCCAAACUAAAACAUUCCAUUCUCCCUCCCCAUUAGUCAGUGAUUUAUGUCGGAAAAGGCAUUAGCCAUCUGCCAAGAACCAAGUCAAACUGGGCUAGGACACCAUCAACAUUUGCAAUCUAGACUCACAGAGGAAGAAUAAAUUCUUGGGUGCAGUAAUAAAGGACAUCUCCAGGAAGAGUCAAACCUUUGCAGUUUAACUACCAUGCCGUGACAGAAUGACAUACAUCAUAUUCAUCUGUUCAGAAUCUACUCAAGUUACAUUAGUCACAGAAUAAUUUUGUGGGUUGAUUAAUGUCCCUGGUACUGGUCUACAAUGUUACUUUGUCAUAUCCUCAGCUGCUUGAUAACACUGAGUAAUUCUACAUAUGCUUUAAUCACAGUGCUAACCCUAAUGUUCUCAGAAACAGCAACUGCUUGAAGAUUAGGUGUGUGUCUAAAACAUUUCUGCUUUAGCCCAUUGGUGUGAAGUUUACUGAGGCUCGAUUCCAUUAACUGGGUACAAAAUCAGAAAAUUCUUACACAGUGAGAAUUGUUCACUCUGCAGCCAAAGUGCCGUGCGUAACCUCAAGCCCUACCCAUCCAGAUUUAAACACCCAGACAGCUGAAUGAACUAGCUGAGCUUUUGCUGUUUAUAUUGUAGUUAGAAGGGGGUUGGGUUGUUCUUGUUCUCAUGAAUAAAUCUUAAUGCUAUGAAGCAGCAAUAUCAUCUGCAUCCUAGAUUGAUUUAACAUUGACUUAAAAUUUAAGGUGGCCUCAUUAUCUCCAAUAGUAGGCCAAGAGAUAGAAAACAUGCUUACUCCUAUUUUGAAGUUAACACUUUAAGUUAUAAAUUCAUAUAUCACCAACUAUUGUUUCUAAAUACAUUUCAUUCAAUCGGUGCUAUGUGCAUUGUUGCAUUUGGAUUCAAUGGAGCAUCCAACCUGCAAGAUGGAGGUAAAUGGAAGGAAUUAUUAAUUACAAAUGCCGGUGUACCAGAUAACAUUACAUUUGCCUGCACCAUAUCUCUCAAUAUUAUCUUAUAGUUUCUAGUUAAAUAUAUUCAGGAAUAUCAUAGCUUAUCCUCCCUUCCCCUCCUUGAAUUCUUUCCACCUAUCAUCAGUUACCUGGCAGAAUUCAGAGAAUCAUGGUGUGAGGAACCAUUAAAUACAGUAUCACCAUCCCAUUCAUUCUUGAAUGACAAUACAUAGAAAUAGCAAUAAAUCCAAUCCAUUGUGCAACAUUUCUUGUGCAAGAAUUGAAUGUGUAUGCAAUUCACACUCCUUUCAGUUGAACUGCAGAAGAAAAAAAUGAUCAGUUCUCAUGGUUUAUUGAGUUCUAACUAAAGUCUAUAUGGAUCAUACAGUCAUUUGAUCUGGGAAGUAUUGCCAGAUUGCUAAUGGAAAAUGAACUGUGGAAUAUAGAUUUCAGUACAGUACAUGCCAUGUCACAGCGGGGAGCUGAAGGUGAGGUGAAACUUUAUCUCUUCUGGUUGGAAUCUGGAACACAGUGCCUGAAUGGGUGGUGGAGGCAGCUACUCCCACAAUAUUUAAGUAUCUAAAUGAACACUUGAAUCACCAAGACGUAGGUUACAGACGGAGCACUGGCAAAUGGGAUUAGUAGAGAUGGGUACUUGAUGGUUGGCGUAGACGUGGUGGGCCAAAGGACCCAUUUCUGACUUGUAUGAUUCUAUGUCCUCAAACUCUAGUUGGUAUAUUUUGUGCACAUACACAUGAAAAUCUAUGCUUUUGGUAAAUGUCUUACUAAAUAGUGAGAGGAACAUUGUGACAGACUGACCAUGUUUUGCUUGUACAAAAGCCAAGGAACACACUGCUUUUCAAUAAGGUUGGGGGCUUCGAGGACAUUUCUAUCCAAGUUCUAAUCAAUAUUUAUCCCUUAAUAUCAUAUCAAAAUGUUUAUCUGUGCACGAUCACCUUUUUCUUUUGUGGGACCUCACUGUUCAGAGAUUAAGGGCAUUUCAUAUAUUACAUCCCUGAUGGCAACAUGAAGAGGUCACAUCCUGGGUGGUGAGGGUCCUUGAUGUUGGAUGCCACUAUCUUGAGGCACCACCUCUUGAAGAUGUUCUCGGUGGCAGGGAGGGUUGUGCGUGUGAUGGAGCUGGCUGAGUCUAUAACCCUCUACAGCCUCUUUCAGUCCUGCACAUUGGAAGCCCCAUACCAGGUUUGCACCAUUUCUUUUUGUAACUUACAGUAA